AUGAUGGCAAUGGAACGCACAGGGAGCGGGGCAGAGGCACCGCAAAGGAUUGAGAUGCCGGGAGGGGGCAGCGAGACGUCAUUCGAGGAGGUGGACACAAGCUGCGGCGUGACAGAACGCAAGGCCCAGGCAGGAGCGGCGGCGCCGUCGACGGUGUCAUCUGGGGCCAGCACGACGCUGUCGGGCAAGGAGCGGCGGGGCUCGGCGCCGACCGAGAGCGACGGGCACGAGUUUCUGCGGGACUUCGAGGAGUUCGGGAGCAGCGCGAAGGUGGACGCGUGGCUGCAGAGCGGCCGGGGCGUGCUGGGGCUGGAGGGCUUCCGGGAGCUGGAGGGGGAGGACGAGCUGCUGGAGCUGCAGGAGGAGCUGGAGCAGCGGCUGGGCGGUGUGGGCGGGCUGGGGCCGCCGCCGGACCUGGGGCCGCCGGGUGGGCGGCGCGCGGGGUGCGGGACGAGCCGGUCUGUGACGAAUCUGCGGGCGCGCAGCGGCGGGGUGCGGGCCAAGAAGUCGAUGCCCAGCCUGCGGCCGGCGGCGGAGCUGGACGUGGGCGUGGGCCCGAUGCAGCCGCAGUUCCUGGUGCCCUACGAGGAGCCCUGGAAUCUGUCGCCGACGCAGUACACGGUGACGCGCGACGACAAGAUCCUGACGCCGCAGCUGAACAAGCUGCCGCGGCGCGCCAAGAACCUGGACGAGUUCAAGGAGGACGACUGCCGCAGGCAGACGCGCACCAAGAAGGUCUCCGCGAGCCACCGGCUGCGGACGAUCAAGCAAGAAAUCGACCACAACACGCCGGUCCGCGCGGGGAAGAUGUCCUACAACCCGAGCCUGAAGAAGUGGGAGGGCAACGAGGAGGCGUUGGAGCGCUUCCGCACGCUGGACGAGAUGGACGGCAAGCGCGUGCUGCUCAUAACCAAUAAUCGCCGCACACGUGGCUCACCCGCGCGCACGGCCACGGCGGGCGCCGCAAGAGGCGCCCGCGACGCCAAGGUCGUGGGGAAGAUGGUGUUCGACGAGGAGAACCUGCGCUGGCUGCAAAUCGGGGGCGGCGAAGUCGACCCUUUUGCGGACAUACAGGAAACAAUCAAGUCGAAGCCCUUGCCACAGAGCGGCGCCGCCUGCCCUUCCAAAUUUGUCAAGUCCCACAGGUCAGAUGACGCCCUGGACGGCUUCCGCGAAAAUGGCCAGCGCUUUUCGUCGACCCGCCAUUAUUCACUACCCAGGCAGCAGACGCAUCCGACUUUCCGCGUCAGCAGCCAGCUCUUGGAGAAGUUCUACCAUGAAGAAAACCGCUGGGUCAGGCACGUUGGCGGCUGGUUCAGCGCAGAAUCUGUUGAAAACAGUCGGAAGGAGGACGUUGGUCACUACGACCAGUCUUUUAUGUACGAGAUCCGCAAGAUGGUGAUGAAUUCCGCAAGAAACUAG